UAUAAACUCCGAAAAAUUCACAAACUCCGAACACAAAAACCGUCGCUUAAUAAAAUGGCUCGCAGUGAGGUUUCCGUCGCCGUCGCAGUCGUCGCGGUGGUGGUUGUACUGGUGGCCGUCAGCUUCGUGGAGGCGCAGUUGCCGGACUGUGCUUCGAAGCUAGUUCCAUGUGCGGAUUUCCUGAAGUCCAAUAAUCCCCCGGCGACGUGCUGUGAUCCGAUCAAGGAAGCGGUGGCGACGCAGCUUGAGUGCCUCUGCAACCUCUACUCCUCGCCGGAUUUCUUAUCGUCGAUCGGCGUUAAUGUCUCCGACGCUCUCCAUCUCACUAAAGCCUGCGGCGUCCCUGUCGAACUCUCCAAAUGCAAAACGGGUGCUCCGGCUCCGCAGCAAGGUGCUCCAUCACCACCGGCAGUUCCUGGAAAUGAUGCAGAAAAACUUGUAUCGACUGGAUUUACAUCUAUGCUCUUGUUUUUGGCCCCUCUAGUCUUUUACUAGGAUCUCACGAUAUCGGACAUAAUUUAAUUGAAUGUAUUCGAGUAGAUAACAUCUGAUAAAUUUUCUAUAUAUUUUAAAGAUUAGAGCGAGUGUGAAAUGUUUCGUAUUUGAAAAAGAUUUGUUGAAUUGUCUUAUUAGUAUGUUUGGUCCCUUUACCACAAUAUUUAUUUGAUUGGAGUUAUGGUCUAAUAGUCUUGGGUAAUUUGUUCACUUUCAAUAUACAAUAAUGUGUAAUACUCUUUGUAUUACAUUUGAGUUAUAA